AUGCUGGAAAAGAAAAUUGCGCGAUGUAACUUUUCUUGGAAUGGUCCUUCCCCUCUAACCUAUCCAUUCCUUCCUUUGCAUAUUGGCGAAAAAGUAAAUGUUGCAUGCAGUUGCGAUGAUUGGUCCUAUGGCAGCAAUCUGGAUAACGGAAACAAAUUUGGAAUAUUUCCGAGUAAUGCAGUAAUAUCAUUUAAUGAAUCGGCACCAUUUAUAUCCAGUGAAGCAGUUGAGAUUGUUAAAGAGCUCACUGAUAUUCUCAGUGAGUGGUGGAACACAAUUAAGAAUACUUACUGUCAUCAGGCAAGGAUGGAAUAUCAGGAUGAGGUGCUAGUGUACAUGGAGGAUCUAAUGGUAAUGCGCAAAAAAAUACUUUCGGGUAAUGUUCCCAUUGAAGAACUGCGUGAAAUGAGGUCAGAAUUAGCUAGGAAAAUCGAUUUGGGCAAUCAGUGGUUAGGUCUUGAUCUGCUUAUCAGAGAUGAUAUGGGUAGGAAGAUAGAUAACGACACAACAUCAGUGGUGCAAGUAUACCGUGCUCAUGUAGAUGCUUCCAGUAGGAUUCUAAACGAUUCUAAACCUAAUGAUAUACCUGGAGUAAUUGCUUUUUCUCUACUGGUCCAUGCUCUUUCCGCAACGGUUGACUCGAGAGCGGAGUGCGAAUUCACAUUAUCCUUAUAUGAUACUGCCGAAAAGAAGUUUAUAUCCGAAAAUUUCGUAUUUUAUUGGAGUUUCUCCACGGGUAAUUUGACGAAUCGCAAUAGUAAAGUCCUAUUCACUGAUCUUGGUCCAAAUGAAUAUCCGUCUUCUUCACCAUCAGCGGAAGCCCAUCGCCUUCUUUUGUGUAUUAGGGUCGCACGAAUUGCUCCAAUUGAACAGACGUCCUCAACUUUGAAGAAGUAUGUUGACCCCGGUCCUUCUCAUCUUUGGCCUCGACAACCAUAUGCUGCUGCAGUACUGGAUCUGUCAAAUUUUAUAGGCGAAUCUCAUGGUUCUACUGAGCAUAUCAUUUCUUUAAAUCGUGAUGACAGCUUGGAGCAGCUAAUAGCUCGAGCAAGUACUACGAGGACCAGCAAUUCCGUAAGAGCAGUUGGCGGAGAAAUAUCUGCGUUUGGACGAGCGCAGCUAAUGAUUUCAACAGAAGUCCUUCUUGGUUCUCUGAUCCAAAUUAAAAAGAUAUAUCCUCAGAUUUUUUCAAGUAAUCCACCAUUCGAGUUGAGAAGAUUAUCGUUUGCAGAUGUUAUUUCGGCAGGUGUUAAAAUAUUAACUACAGAUGAUAUUCGAAAUGAUUUGUAUGUUACAUUGCUACAAGGUGAUUUACACGGUGGUAAAGGGUCCGACAAAAAUAUUGAAGUACGAAUAACAGUCGUUGAUGCAAAAGGAGUAGUUGAAAAUAGUAUCGUUGUGAUCACUGCAGACGGGAUACGUUGGAGCACAACAUACCAAAGUCUGGUUUUUUAUCAUGAUGACAAACCAAAGUGGAACGAAUCUAUCAAAGUACAGAUUCCGGAGAAUAUUGACCAAAAUAUACAUCUUCGAAUGACUUUUCAUCACAAAAAGACAUCUGAUAAAACUAAGCAAGAAAAGGGACCUUUCGCAUUGUCAUUUGUGCGCAUUAUGGAAGAUGCAACUUUGAUCAGGGAUGGUUUGCAUGAAUUACUAAUUUACAAGGUUGAAACGGGACGUUUUGACGACAGUGACACCAGUUAUACUCGGUUGCCUGCCACACGAGGAGAGCUUAAAGCUUCUCAUUCUCAGUUAAGACCCCAAACAACAACCUUCAUUUAUUGCGAAAAGAAUUUUCUAACCAUUGAAACAGUAACUUGCUCGACAACGUUAACUCAUAGCAAGAGUUUGUUGGAUAUACUUAGAUGGAAACAAAACAGAAGCAACUUAAAAGAAAGGCUGGAAGAAAUUUCGAGGCCGAAAUUUCUAUCAAUUGGUGAAGAAUUGGUAAAAUUCAUUGCGAACUUUUGCGACGCUCUUUUUGAAAUUUUAGAUCAUUACCCAGAUUACGAUGGCUUGGUUUUUGAUGAUUUGGUCACUCUAGUGCAAUUGGUAAAUGAGGAGCGGUACAAGAAUUUCCGUCCAGUACUUGACAAAUAUGUGGAGAAUUUUCAUUCCACUGUAGCAUUUUUAAAGUUGUUACCAGUUCUUCGUGAAAGAAUUGAAAAUGCAGAGGAUACACAUGAAAGAUCACUGAAUACGAUGAAAAGUCUUGGCACCCUUAUCAGAUUGGCUGUUAGAUCAAAAUUAUGCAGUGACAGACUUGGUAUGACGUCAAAUAAUUUUCAACUUUUGAUCAGUGAACUGCUGGAAGCAUUUAUCGUAUUUAUGCAAAAUAAACGAGUACGUAUGACUUGUCAAAAUAUGGCGUUGAAACAUAUACCAGCAGUUAUUCCACAUCUUGCAUGCUAUGGUGUUUAUAACAACAGUGAUCUCACGGAUUUCCUGGCACGAUUAAUGGAUCAUCUUGGUGAAAACAUAAGCUCAAGGUGCCGUUUAAAUUUUCUUAAGGACAUAGUGCAAACAGAUUACUUCAUCCAAGAAAUAAACCGAAAGAAGCUAUUGCCGAAGGUCAUUGAAAAAGUGGUGGAAGAACUCGAGACUUCUGACUUCGUCCAUUUGCAAGACAUUGUGUGUGAUCAGUCCAAGAUGGAAGAAUGUAUUUCGGCGAGUGCCGAUAUAAUGUUUUAUAUCAUUGAACGCCUCUUUUGCUCUACGGAUCCUAUUCAUGAACAAGGAAGUGAAGAUGAACUUUAUCUCAUUGUAUGGAAAUCAUUUCGUACCAUAAUUCAAACGACAAUCGUUUUGAUCAAUGCAAAAUAUUCUGCUUCUGUGUUCUGCGCGCUUACAAUUGUAGUUCUCAGCAAACUGUCGGCACAAAUGUAUAAAAUGUACCUGGAAAGUCACACUACCUAUAUUGAUAAACAUGAUUUAUUGAUGGAACUUGUUCAUUUGUUUCGUGAUCUCAUCAACAAGUCACCAUUCCCGUGUUCAUGGUUCCAGAUGAUACUAUUGCAGGAUAGAAUGAUUUUGAAAACAAUGAAAUUUAUCAUGUCGACAAUUGUUGAACACUUUCAUGACGAUCAGUUCAAUGCUGAACUUUGGAGAGAAUACAUGCUGACGAUGGUCACUUUUUGCACACAAAAAGCUCUUCAGUUGGGUUCAUCAGUUAGUGAAAGGCGGUCGCGACUUCUAUCAUGCCAGCCGGAUUUGAGAAGAAUAGCAGUUGCGGAUUUGCGCUCUAUGUGGUUUAGAUUAUCGAUGGCCCAAAAGAUUCUGUUUGUACCGUCUAUGAUUGGUUCUUAUCUUCGGGUGGCUCUGAUUGACGAUGAUGUUGUACGUGAAACUAUUAUACCUAUAUUUUUCGAUAUGCUUCAAUGUGAAUUCCAUUUAUCACCACUGCGCAGUUUCUCCAAAUUUGCAAACGAGACUAUAAUGCAGCUGGAUUGUCUGGUUGAUGAGGACUGUGGUGGACAAAAAUUCAAGGAGCAACUGCAUAAUAUCAUGAUGGAUAUGAGCCGUUCAGAUACGGAUCUUGUUGUAGAAGGUUGUAAAUUUGUGGCUUUAGUUGAUACUCUUCUACAACAUCUUUUUGAAUAUCGUGAAGUACGAACAAAUGGUUACUGUAUAGAAAACGGAAUGGAUCGAACUGUUGAAUUGUUGAAGUUUUAUAAACUUAUUGGUCAUGAUGACCUUUAUAUCAACUAUUGGGCAGAGUGUGAAUUGUCACCCGCUCUUUUGGAUGCACAUUUAAAUCGGCAUUGUGGUACUCAGCGUCAGCUCAAAGAAGCACUUUAUAACGAAGCGGCUAAUCUCUUCGAUGAAAAAGAAUUGUGGGAAGAAUCUAUCGGCAUUUUGAAAGAACUGACAUUUCAAUAUGAAAAGAAUUAUGAGUACGAAAAAUUACCAAGCCUUCUCCAACGUCUAGCUGAAUUAUAUCAUAAAGUGAGUACACAAGGACGAGUCGCAUGCACGUAUUUCUUCGUUGGAUUUUAUGGCCUCAAUUUUCCUAGUUAUUUAAAUAAUCGGCAAUUCAUCUAUCGUGGAAAUGAAUGCGAAGCCACUGUCAGCUUUCGGCAUCGAAUGCUGUCAACCUUUCCCGGUGCUCAGUUAGUUAAUACAAUGGAUGAAUGUUCGCAUCUUUCAAAGCACGACAACAAAUUUUUGCAGAUUUUCCCCGUGAAACCUCUUUUUGAAAGCUGCUGGGAAAAAAAAUGUAGCAAUCGUUUAAUUCGAUGGUAUUUCAAAAACAACAGGGUACAAAAAUUUGAAUUUUAUAAAGGGGAAAUCCGAAAAGGAACAAAAUGGACAGAACUGGAAGAUAAUGAAAUCAUGCGCUCGUGGGUAAUUCGACGAUCAGUUUCUAUCGAAGAACAAUUGCCUAACAUAUUACGUUGGUCACAGAUUACAAAUUUUUCUGACCCAAUUGAGUGUUCUCCACUAAUGGAAGCUGUGACAACAAUGAGGAAAAACAAUGAAGAAAUGGAAGAAAUGGCACAUUUGGUCCUUUCUACACCAUUAGAAUCAGUUGUUCCAUUGGGAGGCAAAAUCCGUGGGAUCGUACAGGCGUUUGUACAAGGGGGAAUUAAAAAUUAUAAAAUAUUUUUUUCUGAUCGAUGUGGUUCAAUUUUAACAUCAGAAGAACAUGAGCUUGUGCAUCAGCUGAGGGCAUUAAUCAGAAACCAGGUGCCAAUUUUGGAGUUUUGCUUAUAUGUACAUGCUUCCCGUGACCAUCAAGUGAAUGUCCAGUUUCAUGAAUCCCUUGUAGCUUCUUUUUACGAAUAUAAAGCAAACAUUGAAAAACAGUUUGGAAAAGUGGCCUCGCAGCUGCCGCCGGGUUGCUCCAUCCAUCUUUCACAACAGAAAGGAGAUGAACGUAGAGCAAGCAGCUUUGAAAUCCCAAGUACUCCAUCUGUUAUGAGUGUAUUUAAAAGAGGUGGUGGAGGUACGAAAAGUGGAAGGACAACAACUACUAGGAAAUCAAGUGGUCUAAAAUCAGAUUUGAAAAGUGCCUUCGAGAAUGGAAUAGCCAAACGAAUCUCAUCGUCAUCCGACCGCAGUUUUGACUGCAAUUCCAAUGAAAAUAGUUCCACUUCUCGAUCAACAUUUGAUUUUACACGUUUUGAGCAUCCGUUGAAAUCAGUCUCCUCGUCAUCCUUGCAAAUAACAGAAGAUGAUGCAACUAUUAAAUCGGUUAAGCCAGUCGAGAGACUCACUGAUACUCAAACUAUACCACCUCCGUUACCUCCGCGAUGUACGAAAAUAUCACUUUUGGUUCCUCAGCAUCUCAGUACCGUUUCAUUUCCGGUGGAAACUUCUCAUCACAACAUAUAA